UAAAUGUUUGCUUUUUAUUAUUUAACAGCCUCACCUGAGGAAGGUAGCCUUUGGUACUAAAAGGAGCAAGUGAUGAACCUCUCAACGUACAGCAACAUCACCCAGACUAAAAUAAGGGACUCGUACACGAUAGCUGUGACCAAGAAUGUGAUCGUUGUGGCUUUGUACUUCUCUAUUAACUACAUUAACGGCACACUUGUCCACACUUUCCUCAAGCAUGAGAUCUUCAAUGAGAAUCCUCGAUAUAUCCUCUUCAUCCAUAUGGUCAUCAAUGAUAUGAUCCAGCUAACAAUUGCAGUGUUGCUUAAUCUUAUUUUCUAUAUUUUUUAUACAAUUAAUGUCUCUAUCUGUUGCAUUCUUAUAAUGAUUGCAGUGUUCACCACCCUCAACACUCCCCUGAAUCUGGCCGGCAUGGCUGUGGAGCGCUACAUUGCUAUUUGUAACCCGUUACGUCACACACAGAUUUGUACUGUGCGCAGGACAUACAUCCUAAUUGGCCUCAUUUGGGGCUUGGGUGCCAUCACCAUUCUUCCUGACCUGUUCUUUCUAUUAGCCACUGAGCCUUUAUCGUUUUUCCAUUCUUCUGUCAACUGCCAUCAAAACGCUCUGCUCCGCCACCCAUACAUGGUGGAGAAGAGAACAGUCUCAUACCUGGUCUAUCUGUCCUUUGUAUGGCUCACUUUGUUCUACACCUACUUCAGGAUCAUGUUUACUGCCAAGGCCACCGGUGCAGAUGCCCGGAAGGCCCGCAAUACCAUCGUCCUGCAUGGCCUGCAGCUUCUGCUGUGCAUGUUCACAUAUAUUGACCCACUAAUUGAGAGUACGUUAACCUCCCUCUUCCCCAUGCUUUUAAAUGACAUACGAUUCACAAUUUACAUCUUUGUCCAGAUUUUACCCAGGUUUAUAAGUCCUAUUGUGUACGGAUUGAGGGAUCAAAUGUUCUGUGCAUAUCUGAAAAAGCACCUGCUGUAUGUGGAGCUCUGUAUGAACUGCUGCGACCUGUGCAUGGCCAAGAAUGGGCUGACGGAGCUGUUGCAUGCUCCAUUGCAGUCCUUCUGCUCUGGUGCCCCAAUGGAAAGUGUAGCUGUGGACAUCCUGGGCCCCUUUCCUACCACCAAAGUCAGGAAAAGCUACAUUCUCGUGAUCAUGGAUUAUUUCACUAAAUGGCUGGAGGCAAAUGCCAUUCCAAAGCAAAGUGUGAUCAUGAUGGUGGAGCUGCUAGUAGAGGUGUUCUUCUGCUGGUUCAGAGUGCUGGAGGAGCUCGAUAACAACUGGGAUGCAAUUUUGAGUCAGCAGUAA